AUGGAAUAUAAAAACAUUACAGAAUUUGUCCUCCUGGGACUUUUUAGUAAUAACAAUAUGAAGGCUUCCUGCUCUCUGCUAUUCUCACUUUGCUAUCUUGCGAUUCUCUCAGGAAACCUGGUCAUUCUUCUCACCAUCAAACUCAGCCACCUUAGUGAGCAGCCCAUGUAUUUUUUUCUCAGCUACUUGUCCUUCAUGGAUGUCUGUUUCACUUCUACAGUGGCCCCUAAUCUGAUCAUAGAUUUAUUGGUUCAGUGGAACACCAUCUCCUACAAUGGCUGCAUGGCCCAGAUGUUUUAUGCACACUUUUUUGGUGCCACUGAGAUCUUCAUUUUGGUGGUCAUGGCCUAUGAUCGCUAUGUAGCCAUUUGUAGACCCCUUCACUACAUGGUCAUCAUGAGCAGACAGGUGUGUUAUAUUCUCAUGGUGGCUGCUGUGUUUGGAGCUUUUAUCCAUUCACUUCUACAUGUCUUAAUCAUUAUUGAACUUCCCUUCUGUGGCCCCAAUCAUAUAGACCACUAUUUCUGUGACAUAUUCCCUUUGCUGAAGCUGGCCUGCACUGACACAAGACUCUUGGUUAUUAUUGUCAUUACAACCACAGGGGUGAUGUCCAUUUUGACCUUUGUUGCCUUGGUAAUUUCUUAUAUCAUCAUCCUGUCUACACUGAGGACUCACUCAUCUGAGGGCCAGCGCAAAGCCCUCUCCACCUGUGGAUCUCACAUCACUGUUGUGUUUAUGUUUUUCUUGCCCCUCAUUUUCACUUAUGUUCCCACUGCUGAAUCUGUCAGUAAUGACAAAGUAUUUGCUCUCUUUUACACCAUGAUUGCCCCCUUGUUCAACCCUCUCAUCUACACGCUGAGAAAUACAGACAUGAAAAAUGCCAUGUGGAAAGUGUGGUGUUAUGACAAAGUGUUUGAAAGGAAUUGA